AUGGGCUCUGUUUCUCUCAACUCCAUGCAGUUACAUGAUCUGAGAUGCCCUGCAGAUUCCGUAACAGGCACUGAUCUUAACGCAGACACGUGCGUCUUGGAGUUUGCAAGGAAAGCCAACCUACUGUUCGGUAUCCAGUAUCCGUCCUUGGCAACCCAACUUAUGGGUUAUUCAUACAGCCUGGUACCAGGGAACGUGGGCAACGCGAUUUCUUCUUUUCAUCAUGCCACGGUGAUGAUGUGCAAAGAGUCUGCUGAGUGCAAGCCGCAGUCUGAAGCCAACGUGUAUUUGGCCGAUGAUUCCGCCAAGCACACUAUCCUAGCCAGAAUACGGGCGCCGGUCAAUAUUACUCCGAAUCCAAACGCCAUUUCGAUGUUUCUAAAUUGGUUUUAUACUGAUGGCAAACCAACCGCUGUUGGUGACUUGGAGCUGAUAUUCAGCAGUAGAGCGUCCAAAUCCUCGGACUACGUGAUAGCCACCCAAUCAGACCAGGACUAUUGGAGUAGCGCGUCUGCAGCAGCCUAUGGCAAGCCGCGCGUCAUCGACGUAAACUUUGGCAGGUGGACAUAUCAGCCGUUUUGCAAGGUCGCCGUUCGGAUUCUUCGACGCGGUGUCCCGCAGUUGCGCGACCCUCGGUCGCUAUACACUGCCGCGGCGCAGGGGAAUUCCCGUGUGCGUGUGGCCGUGCUGAGCUUUGCAGUUACCUCUCCCGCCACUGGUCUGUCAAACCUGUCGGUCUGCGGUGGUGAUAAUGCAGCCGUAGUGCAGAGACUAUCUGUUACUCGUGUAUCGAGCAGCGGAGGAGGGCUGCAGUUUGCACUGGAUGCCGAUUUCACUGGAGUGACCGACUGGUCCUUGGUAGCGCGCAUCGACCUGUGUAUGGAAGACAAUGCACAGAAUAAGACGGCAUACAAUAGACCGCAUCUCUACACUGCUCUGCACAAUGCUCGGUCAAACACCAGCAUUCAUGUUCAAUUCGUAAACGGGUUCCCCCUGUGCAAUGGUUCCGUACCCCUGUGCAAGGGUUCUCCCUGUGCAAGGGUUCCCCCUGUGCAAGGGUUCCCCCUGUGCAAUGGUUCCGUACCCCUGUGCAAUGGUUCCGUACCCCUGUGUAAGGACUCCAUACCCCUGUGCAAUGGUUCCGUACCCCUGUGCAAUGGUUCCGUACCCCUGUGGUUCCAUCCCCUGUGUAAGGUUCCAUACCGCGGUGCGCUGUCUUCACCCUCUGUGUAA